AUGGCCUGUUCUCCACUGACGGCAGAAGAGAGCAUUGUUGUUGUGCCCCCUGGAUGCCAGCUCGACGCAACGUGUGUUAGUCACAUUAAGCGUCUCAACAGAAAUACACUGUAUCCAGGGGACACAACAACAACUCUCUCUUUUGCUAUCAGUGGGACACAAGGCAACGGAGCAAAAUCCUGGAUCAACCUAAGCCACUCAAUGUACCGUCUCGGAACGUACACCGAAGCAACUGGUAAGGGUGAUAAAUCCUGUUUGACUAUAUCUAACCAGGCCUACAGCAAGAACCUAAGGUCCACUUCUCGUAGAAGAAGGAGAAGAACUUUGCUGAGGUUAACGGCUCGUUCUGGUCCUGCAGCUCUCUCAGUCUUACGCCCUAGGACAGGGACACGAGGCCUUGCUCUAAGCAUCCUCAGCCUACAGAUUUUAGCUAGCAAGUGUCAGCAGCAGUAUCCUCUGUUGAAUGCUAAAGAGAAGUGCUUGAGGAACGACAUUCUAAAAACAAGCAUCAGAAACAUGUCAUCUGUACGUCAUUUGAACCAAGAAGAAGCCAUUAAUGUGGAUCUGGAAUUGUUUAAUGAAUAUCAGUUCAGUGUCAAUCAGCUGAUGGAACUGGCAGGUCUUAGCUGUGCUCAUGCAAUUGCAGAAAAGUAUAAGCCAGACCCCGGUAAAGGAGUGCUGGUGUGUGCAGGACCUGGAAAUAAUGGGGGCGAUGGGCUCGUGUGCGCGAGACAUCUAAGACUGCUGGGCUUCACUCCUGAAAUCCUGUACCCGAAGCCAACUGACAAACCGCUGUUUAACAACCUCGUCAAGCAGUGCGAGAUGUAUGACGUAGCUUUCAUUAAAGAAAUGCCGAGUAUGGAGAGCCUAAGCAGCAAAUAUCACUUGAUUGUGGAUGCCCUGUUUGGAUUCAGUUUCAAGCCUCCUGUAAGACCACUCUUUGCACCCAUUAUAGAAUUGUUAAGCAAGGUCAGUAAUUUUUUGUUAUCAGUGUGGAAUAGUCUUGUUUAUUUCAGUAUAGAAUGAAGUAAAAGGAUUUAAACUUU